AUGUUCCCGUGGCGACAAGAAUUAAAUCGAGAACGACGUCUAUUUAUCCUUCAACGGAUUCGAUUAAUUUUAAUUUCUGGCCGCUGUUCAUGGGCCCAGGCUAUUCCAACUAUUGAUCUUCAUGCUUCACUUGUGGCUGCUGAACGAAAAGCAUAUGAUCAUGCUCGAACAUUUGAUGCUUAUGUAUGCUUAAUUUUUACAUUUGCUGGUGAUGAAGCAAGACGUCGAUUUCAAACACAACAGCAACAUCAAUUGGAACAACAUGAAGGACGAAAUGAAUUAGCAUCGAAUAUUUCAGAAAAUGGACAACAAUUAUGA